UGUGUGUGCGUUCGUUCUGUCGUUUUGAGGACUGGAAUGACAGCUAACUGGGUGUUCCACCCCUUGACGGACAGAGGUUAUUAGCCCACAGCAAUAACAGCAGACUAAUAACGUGCGGUAUAAGCUAGAAGUGACACUCAGACACUUUCCUCUUGCCCCUGGACGCGGGAGAAAUGCACUACCUAGCCGCAGCACAGUGGAAAUGUGUUUUCUGGAGGAGCGCACCAGCGCGCACAGCUUGGAAAAGCCUAAUCAGCUACACGUGUACAAAACACCAUUUCGGGCGGGAAAAUACAUCUUUCUGUAGUCGCUGUACUACUGGAAUUUAAAUAAACUCAUAGAAAAUGACAACGUCAACAGAAAUGGGGUCCAGGAAAAUAACACCCGAGGUUCUGCAAGAGAUGCUACAACAUUACAACUUAACGCGACAAGAGUUCAUCGAGUCUUACAACAUUCAGCCGCUUGUCUACGUCCCUGAGCUACCGUUGGGCGCUAAGACUACUUUCGUCAUUAUGUAUGCUAUCAUUUUCGUCCUGGCUCUGGUUGGGAACAGUUUGGUUGUCUACAUAGUGGUGCGUAAAAGAGCAAUACAGACCUCCACUAAUAUCUUCAUCUGUUCUCUGGCGGUGAGCGAUCUUCUUAUCACAUUCUUCUGUAUCCCGUUCACCUUGUUGCAGAACAUCUCCUCGGAAUGGCUCGGAGGUGUUCUCAUCUGCAAGACGAUUCCUUUUGUUCAGACUAUGGCCAUAGUGACAGGGAUUCUCACAAUGACCUGCAUCGCCGUGGAGAGGUACCAGGGAAUUGUCUACCCCUUGAAAAUGAGGAGGCAGUACACUCCGAAAAGAGCAUACAAGAUGCUAGGACUUGUAUGGAGUGCAUCAGUGGUUGUGGGAUCCCCAAUGCUGUUCGUACAGCAACUAGAGGUGAAGUAUGACUUCCUGUACGACCACCACCACGUGUGUUGUCAGGAGCGUUGGCGUUCCCUGACCCACAGACAAGUGUACACCACCUUCAUCAUGGUAGCUCUGUUCCUGAUGCCCAUGGCAGCCAUGUUGUUUCUCUAUACACGGAUAGGGAUAGAGCUGUGGAUCAGGAAGAGGGUGGGGGACUCCUCUGUCCUGAACACCAUGAACCACAGAGAGGUCAACAAAAUAUCCAGGAAGAAGAAGCGAGCUGUAAAAAUGAUGAUUACCAUCGUUCUGCUGUUCACAAUCUGUUGGGCUCCGUUUCAUACCGUUCACAUGCUGUUUGAGUACAACAACCUGGAGAAGAACUCUGACGAGGUGACGGUGAACAUGAUCAUCGCCAUCGUCCAGGCCAUCGGCUUCUCCAACUCCUUCAACAACCCGAUCAUCUACGCCUUCAUGAACGAGAACUUCAAGAAGAGCUGUGUGGCUACCUUGUCGCGCUGCCUCAGGAAGCCCUCCGACCACCGGGGCGGCGCUGUGGAGACGCCCAACAACCCCACUGUACUCUUUAUUAGACCACUGAAGAGGGAGGCCUUCUCAGAGACUGGAGGUGGGGCUAAUGGGGGCUUGGCGCAGGGUGUGCUGGAGAACGGUCCGUCCGUCUCCUCUCAGACCUCCUCAGCCUUAGCAGGGGAGAAGAUGACGGUGAACACUGAGCUACCCAGUGAGCAGCGGAGAUCUGUUGAAAUAGUCUCAUUACAGACUUAAAAAAGAAACACUCCAGUCUCCUUUUCACCUCAUUUAUCCAAGUGUACAUUAGGGGACAAAUUAGUACAGGUUCAGAAGCGUACCAUUUGGAAAAGGUACACAUUAUCCUAUUUAGGCUACCACCACAGUGACAAAGCAGUCUGUUCCUUUAAGUGGCAAAAAUGUACCACUAAAUCGUUUUUGGGGUGUUGUUUUAAAACUGUAGGGUGCAAAACCUUAUUUGCAUAUUUCCCAGGGUGCCUUUCAAGGGAAAUUUAGAGUUACCAGUACCAUCAUUGACUGUGUUUGCUAGUGACAGGCAUGGUGGUUACAUUCAAUUGCUUGGUCCAGUAGCCUUCAACAAGUGAGUGCCUAAAUUAAUAUUUGAUCAUUUAAAUUAAACUCUUGAUGACAAUACAUUACAUAUAUCAUAUUUGAACAGUGUAGUUUUACCCCAACACAGUGGUCUGAAACUAGCCUGAGUAGCAGUCUCUUUAGCUAAUCCACUCCCUGAAGUCCAUGUCAUUGCUUCUUUGUCUAAAAACACUGGUACUCAGAUGAGUCUGAAACAGCUGGUUUACAGGCCACAUCAGGCAGGUCACAUUAUGCUGGCUUGCAAAGUGAUAUGGAAUUCUUACUGGAAUACAGCCAGAGUUAGAAUAUCCCAAAUUUUAAACUUUUUAAAAUCACCCUCAACUGGCAUUUUAAAAUGACAGCCAAAGUAGGAAAGAUCGAGAAAUGAGACUCCCUAAGCCAUCUAAACGGGAACAACCAUCUCAGUAACGGGUGAAAUAAGUCCAACUACUAACAGAUUGGAUGAGCUAAAAAAAAUAUAUGUUAUUUAUCUUUGUGUAGCAAUAGAUCAAUCAAACACAUAUUGAAACAAACAAUUCUAAAAAUCAACCUGCGAUAGUGCAUGCUGGGAAAUAUGAUAAUGAGAUGGUUUUUGAGAGUAUAUUGGGUACAAAAAUUAUAGAUUAUCUGCACAUGUACUCUAAAGGGUACUAAACAGUACCAUGUGAGAUUAUAUGUGUACCUCUUAAGGUACAUUGUGUAUUUUAAUAUUUUUGUACACCAGGAAACAAUCCUGUACCCUAUACGUACCUUUUUUCUGAGUGUACAUGUGUAACAGUAUAACUUUAAACCGUCCCCUCGCCCCGACACGGGCGCGAACCAGGGACCUUCUACACACAUCAACAACGGUCGCCCUCGAAGCGUCGUUACCCAUCGCGCCACAAAGGCCACGGCCCUUGCAGAGCAAGGUGCAACCCUACUUCUAGAUUUCAGAGCAAGUGACGUAACUGAUUGAAACGCUACUAGCGCGUACCAGCUAACUAGCUAGCCAUUUCACAUCCGUUACACAUACAGGGCAUUCGGAAACUAUUCAGACCCCUUGACUUUUUCCACAUUUUGAUACAUUACAGCCUUAUUCUAAAAUGGAUUGAAUAAAAAAAAAUCCCUCAAUCUACACACAAUACCCCAUAAUGACAUCACAAUAUCCCAUAAUGACAUCACAAUAUCCCAUAAUGACAUUACAAUACCCCAUAAUAACAUUACAAUACCCCAUAAUGACAAAGCAAAACCAGGUUUUUAGAAAUGUUUGCAAAUGUAUUAAAAAUAAAACAGAAAUACCUUAUUUACAUAAGUAUUCUGACCCUUUUCUAUUAGACUGAAAUUGAGCUCAGGUGCAUCCUGUGUCCAUUGAUCAUCCUUGAGAUGUUUCUACAACUUGAUUGGAGUCCACCUGUGGUCAAUUCAGAUUUGGAAAGGCACACACAAGUCUAUAUAAGGUCCCACAGUUGACAGUGCAUGUCAGAGCAAAAACCCAACCCAUGAGGUCGAAGGAAUUGUCCGUAGAGCUCCGAGACAGGAUUGUGUCGAGGCACAGAUCUGGGGAAGGGUAUCAAAAUAUUUCUGCAUCAUUGAAGGUCCCCAAGAACACAGUGGCUUCCAUCAUACUUAAAUGGAAGAAGUUUGGAACCACCAAGACUCUUCCUAGAGCUGACCGCCCGGCCAAACUGAUCAAUCGGGGGAGAAGGGCCUUGGUCAGGGAGGUGACUAAGAACCCGAUUGUCACUCUGACAGAGCUCCAGAGUUCCUCUGUGGAGAUGGGAGAACCUUCCAGAAGUACAAACAUCUCUGCAGUACUCCACCAAAUCAGGCCUUUAUUGUAGAGUGGCCAGACGGAAGCCAACCUCAGUAAAAGGCACAUCACAGCCCGCUUGGAGUUUGCCAAAAGGCACCCAAAGGAAACAAGAAUCUCUGUUCUGAUGAAACCAAGAUUGAACACUUUGAACUCUUCGGCCUGAAUGCCAAGCGCCACGUCUGGAGGAAACGUGGCACCAUCCCUGUGGUGAAGCAUGGUGGUGGCAGGAUCUUGUCUGGAGGAAACGUGGCACCAUCCCUGCGGUGAAGCAUGGUGGUGGCAGCAUCUUGUCUGGAGGAAACGUGGCACCAUCCCUGCGGUGAAGCAUGGUGGUGGCAGCAUCUUGUCUGGAGGAAACCCAGCACCAUCCCUGCGGUGAAGCAUGGUGGUGGCAGCAUCUUGUCUGGAGGAAACGUGGCACCAUCCCUGCGGUGAAGCAUGGUGGCGGCAGCAUCUUGCUGUGGGGAUGUUUUUCAGGGGAAAAUAAUAGAUCUGCAGAAAAGAACGGGAGAAACUCCACAAAUACAGGUGUGCCAAGCUUGUAGCAUCUUACCCAUGAAGACUUGAGGCUGUAAUCGCUGCCAAAGGUGCGUCGACAAAGUAAUGAGUAAAGGGUCUGAAUAUUUCUUUAAAAAACUAUUUUUGCUUUGUCGUUAUGGAGUAUUGUGUAUAGAUUGAUGAGGGUGUGAAAAAAUAAUUUAAUCCAUUCCAGAAUAAGGCUGUAAUGUAACAAGAUGUGGAAAAAGUCAAGGGGUCUGAAUACUUUCGAAGGCACUGUACAUACGCCAACUUCUGAAUAACUAUUCCGCAGGACGUAGCCUACUAUCAUCAGACUAAAACAGGUGAAACCAGCCACUACCCUGCCCAGCAUGGGAGACAGUGCCUUCUCACAUGUGACCCCCCCCUCAGCUCUGCAACACUCUACCUGUACUCGUCCAGGAGGCAGCUUUAAUCUCUUCAAAUCAAAUGUAUUUAUAUAGCCCUUCGUACAUCAGCUGAUAUCUCAAAGUGCUGUACAGAAACCCAGCCUAAAUCCCCAAACAGCAAGCAAUGCAGGUGUAGAAGCACGGUGGCUAGGAAAAACUCCCUAGAAAGGCCAAAACCUAGGAAGAAACCUAGAGAGGAACCAGGCUAUGAUGGGUGGCCAGUUCUCUUCUGGCUGUGCCAGGUGGAGAUCUCUUCACUUUAAAACACAACACCUAUUCAAGCUUUUUUAAAUGUUUAAUGGCUUAAUCUGCUUAAAGUCCAUCUUCAACAUUAGCAGGUAAUGUGUUGAUGUAUUGUGACUGUCUUUUUGUUUUGCUUUCUAACUUUAACUUUAAUGUGCAAUGAACGUGGGAAAUGUGCUAUGCAAAUGAUAUAUUUAUUAUUAUUAUUAUUGACAGGAAGAGAGCACCACAGCAGGCAGCUGUCGUUUAGGAGACGGUAGACAAGUCCUGGUGGCAAAACCUCUUACUGCUCAACUGUACAUACGGUAGUGAGAGCUAGUCCAUUAACGUACAUGAUCACUUGUAAAAGCACAUUUUGUACUUUUACAAAACUACUGUCUUGUAAAUGAAGGUAAGCACUGCAGGCAUCUCAGAGAAGUACAGAUUGUGAAGACAGGGUCACCUCGGAAAGAUCAAAAUGCUUUGAAAUAGAAAGUAGACAGAGGUUCAUUGAUUCACUAUUACCUGAUUCAGCAUGCUGAGAAAGCCAGGCUCAUUGAUUCACUAUUACCUGAUUCAGCAUGCUGAGAAAGCCAGGCUCAUUGAUUCACUAUUACCUGAUUCAGCAUGCUGAGAAAGCUAGGCUCAUUGAUUCAGUAUUACCUGAUUCGGUUUAUUGAUUCACAAUUACCUGAUUCAGCAUGCUGAGAAAGCUAGGCUCAUUGAUUCAGUAUUACCUGAUUCGGUUUAUUGAUUCACUAUUACGUGAUUCAGCAUGCUGAGAAAGCCAGGCUCAUUGAUUCACUACAGAUAAUUCCACAACAGACAAUACAAUAGACUCAAUAGAGGUCUUGGAGGUGGAAUACUCAGUAGUGUGCAAAUCACUACUGUCUGGAGAUGGUGGAGGCAUCUAAUUAUAAAGAGGCUAAUUACCAAUCAAUAAAUGAAUCAAAACCAUUCUAUUUCACUGAAAGAGCUCAACGUUAUUAACCUGGUCCCAGAUCUGUGCUCCAUGCAGCUCCAUGUUCAAGCCGAAACAAUGAGUGACAAGUAGGUUGACACGACAACACAAACAGACCAACACUCAGGCUAAUACUUUAAUAAUUGAACAAUUGUACAAACAUGUUUCUAUAGGACUUUGUUAAAGAGGUAAAUACUUUUCAUUACAAGCUUCUGUAUAUGUGAAAUCAACACUAUAUUUCAUUACUGGACCAUAAGUUAAAUGUUGAACUUGAGGUUUGUGUCAUGAAUUACAAUUAUGCUUCUACAUCGGCAUUGCUUUCUCUUUGUAGUUUUAGGCUGGAUGAGCACAUUGUGACAACUGCAGAUGUAAGAAAGGGCUCAUUGUGUGUCUAUCGUUGUACGUGUCAGCAAGAUUAUGUUGAUGUUUUCAAAUUUGGAUAAAAAAAAAAACAUGGGUUUGUUUUUCUUCA